AAGCGAAUGAACAAGUAGUCACGGGCAACAGUGAUUACAAUACGAUAUGGACGGAUGUGCUUACAGUGCCUAAAAUGCAUCUAAUACGCGCCUCUUAAUUUAUAAACUGACCUUUUUGUAUAUUUUUCAUUGUGCCAAAUUUCAGGACACAUGAAGCCACCGACCUAAUACGUUUGUUAUUUUUAGGGUCAUACAAUUAUAGCUUGUGGAAAUCAAAACCCCCUCUUGCUGGCAUUUGGGAAGCUGUAGAAUUACAGAGUUUCUCUCGUUUCUUGUUUUAUGUAAAUGUUGGUUUUUGACACGAAGGAGAUGGAGAGAACAUAUUUUCAAAAUUUAGCAAAAGCUGGAUCCAUCUCUCCCCCUCUCAUUUCUUGCUCUAUUCCUGAAUCCGGAGAACCCUUCUUCAGGAUUCAACAAUGGAUAAGAAAUGUGAGAGGAAAUCACAGGACACAUCAGAAGAAGCAGAAGAAGAGAAUGACGAGGAGGAGGAAGAAGAAGAACAAGAAGAACAAGAAGAUGAGGACAUCGAUGGAUAUACAAACGCAGUCGUCACCAACGAAAGCCAAGACGAAGAAAUUUGUACGUAUUGCGAUGAAGAUGCAGGAAUCGACAAGGAAUUCGAGAGCCCGAAGGAUCCUGUGGAGUACAAGAUGCGGAAGAAACGAGCAUUGCUGAAAUUCAAGACCCUGGUGGAGGAUGCAAUUUGUAAGAAUUACCUCGUAGACAAGCCCAAGAAACUGCUCUCCUGCAGGAAGAGCAAAAGGAAUGCCAAGGAGCAGCAACAGCUGCGGGAGGACAUUUCCCUCUGGGGGGUUCCUCUGCUUCCAAGCAGAGACCACGAAGGCACCGAAAUCGUGCUGCUCAAAUUCCUCAAGGCCAACAACUACAAGGUCCGUUCGGCUUUCUACAUGCUUCGCAAGGUCAUGAAAUGGCGCAAGGAGUACGGAACAGACUCGAUCCUCGACGAGGAUCUCCUGACCCGCGACAACGACGAGCUGAAGGAUGUUGUUCAUACGGGCAGCACAGACAAGCAAGGCCGCCCAUUGUAUUACACGGUGUACGGGGCGUUCAAGGACAAGGCUCUGUGCACCAAAGUUUUGGGCACAGAAGAGAGCCGCGAGAAUUUCCUGAGGCUCAAGGUCCAGAACCUGGAGAAGAGCAUCAAGCAGCUGAGCUUCAAGUCCGGUGGGGUUGAUUCGAUCGUCCAGAUCACUGAUCUGAAGAACUUCCCUGCGCCCAUGAAAGAGCUCAGCUCUAUUAGCAAGAAGAUUGUCACUUUGUUCCAGUCCAACUAUCCGGGAAUCAUCAACAAGAAUAUACUGAUCAAUGUUCCAUUCUGGUACUACACAUCGCGAGUUGUCACCAAGAAGCUGAUGAACCCAAGAGCAAGGAAGAAGUUCAUCCUAGCUAGGCCUUCAAAUGUAACGCAGACCCUUUCGAAGUACAUAUCAAUAGAGCAAGUUCCGGCUCAAUAUGGUGGUCUGAAAAGGGAUAACGAUGUCGAGUUUUCCUCAGAGAACAAAGCGCUGGAGCAUAGGAUCAGAGCAAAUGCAGUCGGCCACGUUAACAUUCCAGUUAAUGAGAGUGGGGUGAUGAUUGUAUGGGAUUACACUAUAGUUGGAUGGGAUGUGAGUUUCAAGGAACAGUUCAUUCCUGACGACGAAGGCUCUUAUACCAUCCUGAUAAGGGCCGGUAAGGUGAAAAGACCCACGGAAAAUGCUAGAAACUCAUACUACAUCAGUGAGCCAGGGAAGAUUGUUAUAACAGUCGAGAGUUCUUCAUAUGCCAGGAAGAAAGUAUACUAUCGAUUCAAAACCAAACCAAUUUCGGCCGAGCAGUUCUUUCUUGGCGCGGAUACUGAAACCACUUCAUGAACUUGAUCCAACAUUCUUUGUACAUCUUCUGGCAACGGAGGAUGAUAGAGAAAUUUGCCAACUCAUACAUUGUCGUCGUAGAAAUACUUACUCCUGACAAACUUACUAUUAUAGAAUGACUGUUAUGUAGUUUGAUGAGUCAAAUUUUGUGGCAGUUCAAAAUACAAUCAUAUACUAUAACUUUGGCCUUUCUGACAAUCAAUAAUUAUAAUCAAAUUUUCAAAUUAUGACAUAUAUAGUCAUAUUUGAAAGUUUGUGUGACAUAUACAGCCAUAAGCAUUCAAAUUGUUAACAAGUUGAUAUGGAUGUCAGUGCCACGUUAGUUUCAAAAUAGCUACGUCAUGUCACCUAUUAGCUACGUCAUAUUUAAAAAUACAUUCAUAUAGUCAAAACUUUGAUAUUAAUGAUAAAUAUAGCUAUUUUUGCAUAAUGACAAGUAUAGUGUUCUAUCCAAAAAGUGUUAAAUACAACAGAAGUUUUAGAAUUGAUGACUGGUUCUUCAAAGUUUGUGGUGGAUUUGGUUACAAUAUGGGAUCUAAGAAGAUGAGAGAUGGUUGGGUUGGAUUGGUUGUUGUCAGAGGGAGUAGUGGAGUCCGAAAUGGAUGUGAUUUCUUUCAUAUGUGGCGACAUCUGGUCACGUUGUCAGAGGGAGUACUGCCUAAAGAUUGACAAUCUUAAGUUAGAUAUAGAAUGCACAACCCCAACAUUAGGCAAAAUUUAUGACCAACCUUGAGCCCUUUCACUGAGAAAAUGAUUGGGAUCAAGUUGACUUUUUAAUUGGAUAUUUUCAAUUUUUCAUUUUAGCUCGGUAAAAAAGAAUUAAUUUUGAUCUAUAGAAUAAUAUAUGUUUCGAUACAUUUCGGCCAAAAAAGUUUGCAAUGAUGUAUAUUAUGCGGCUUGGUGUAUAAUUUGUACCCACAUGGUAUAUUUUUCAUACCAUCUCUAUGUAGAUGUUUUCCGUUCCAAAAUAUAUCAAAUUGUACGUUAUUAUGUGGAUAAUAAUUAAUUCAAUUUUUACUAGAUGGUACCAAGUGAUACUAGGUGGUACCAGGGUGGUAAAGAGUGGUACUGGACUAUUGGUGAUAUAAAUUUUUUUUUUUGGCAAAAUUCACUUCUAUAGCCAUAACUUUGCACUGUGUGACAAAUAUAGCCAGAUUAUGAGAAAUACACAGAAAUAGCCAAAAUUUUGAAAAUGCGUUGACAGUAAUAGUCAUUUCCGUUAUUAAAUGUGACGCCGUCAGCUGGGACGCAGUUAAUUACAUGUUCACGUCGCUGACGUGGCCGAAUUAUGGACUCCACGUCGGCGCUAACAUGAAUGAAUUUGCCACCAAAGCGCCACGUCAUCCGGAGGAGAGAGAAUCGUUUGGGGCAAUUAAAUAUGCCCAACGACUUCUCCUCCAUCUUAUUUUCGAUUUCAUCUUCCUCCUCCCAGAAAAAACCGAAAUCGGCUUCCAUCUUCAUCGCAGCGGCUGUGUCAAUCCGGCGAAGAACCCUCGACGCCGUGGACAACUGUGAUUCCGCAGUCGUCGCAUCGCUUGUUUCCCUACCCAUUCGCCGAUUUCACCAACCCCUGGUUCCCCUCGUCCCUUCCAUAUUUCCGUCGACAGUCCGCAUCUCCCAUCCCUAACGAUGUCACAAAGGGGCAGUCGGGGUGUUCACAAGAAUGGUUGCGAUUCGGGCUCAACCAGAGUCAAGAGUGGGUUUUCUUUCCUAUGCGAACACAAUGUCCCAACUGUGAUUAAUACCUCUGGGACUGAGUUGAAUCCAGGAAGGCAUUUCUAUGGCUGUCGUUAUUGGCUGGUAGGGUCAUUCCAUUGUAAUUGAUGAUUGUAUUUGUUUGUUGUUUUGUUGGCUAAGGAGGGUCGAUGGUUUGCAGGAUGGGAAAGGAUUUAGAUUUUUUUAGGUGGGUGAAUGGCAAUGAGGAUCCAUUAGAGUUAAGGAACCAUGAGAUGGAGAGUAUUAUUAUGAACCUGGAGGAGAGACUAAGGUUGGCCGAAUCCAAUGCUGAGAAGAGGAAGAAGGGAAAAAGUUGGUGACAGAAGAAUUAAGGAAUUGGAUGCAA